AUGGCUUCAUUCAACAGAGAAGGGUCCUGGAGCACUCGCUCGGGCCAAGGUCUCGAACAACAUCCACAAACUGCCCGGUUUCCCCCUCAUAUAUCCUAUGGGCCAAAUGGCAGGAGACCUCGGGGAAACAGAAACAAGAGAAGAGGUGGCUCCGGCCACGACGAAGAUCGACAUCAACAGAACUCGUCCCGCCCCUUCGAUCCGCGCGCAAGCCACAAUGCUGCAGCGAGCAACCAUACCCAGCAGCAGGCCCGCCGGUCAGGGGUAAGAAACUAUCCGACCAAACCUCAAGGAGAGAACCGUGUCCAGCGUCCUCCGCAUCGAAACCAAAACCAAAACCCAAACAGAAACAACAACCGGAAGUUUAACAAUGUCUUCAUCCCAAGAGCGGGAAAUUCUAAAGGUCGCCGGCCUCAAACCCGGUGCCUUAUCGACCCAGAUGGCGACGUUGUGAUGAAAGAUGUAUCUGAACGCUUUCGACAGGAGAUUCACCGGGAAGAUCCUGACUCGGACGUGGAGAUGAUCGACGUGUUUCUGCCCUUGGAGCAUCCGUUGAUCCCGCUGGUCCAGGCUGCGGCCCGAUCGGCACCUCCUAAUGCCCGGAAAAACCGAAACAACAAAAGAUUCGGGAGACGGGAUGCUGAUGGCGACACUCUAAUGCUUGACGCUCCCCCUCUCUAG